AUGCGCGCUGGCUACUCGACAACCGGCCUCGAGUCCGUGGUCUGCGACGUGGGGAGCGUGACGACGCGCGCCGGCUUCGGCGGCGAGGACGCACCGCGCGUCGCCUGCCCCUCCGCAGUCGGCUUUUUCGCGGGCGACGACGGCACCGAGCGGUCCGUCGUGGAGAUGGACGCGCUUGGGUGGGCGCAGCCCUCACUGCUGGUGCGUGCACUUCACAGUGCGCGGCACGACGAGCUCGACGCGCUAAAUCUCCGACUGGUCCAGCACUGCUUUGACCGACUGGGAGCGGACCCAGCCGAGCACGCCCUCCUUCUGACCGAGCCGCCGGGCGCGUCGGCCGCCGCCCGUCGCCGGCUUGUGACGCAGCUGUUUGAGACGCUGGGCGUGCCGGCGCUGUGCGUGUGCAAGACGGUCGAGCUUGUCGCCAUCGCCUCCGGACGGACCACGGCGCUCGUGCUCGACAUUGGCGGCACCAGCACCGCCGCCGCUGUGAUUGAAGGCUGCAUGUCGCCGCACGCUCAGCAGAGCAAGGUCGGCAGCCUCACGGUUGUGUCAGACUUUUUCAGAAAUCAGCUCCAGGGGAUGGGCCACGGGCUCGAGCCCGCCUGCGUUGCGCUGAAGCGACGCAACCCUCGCGGUGGCGCCUCGUCGCCCGCCAUCUCACGCGGGGGCGUCGUUUCCCACGCCCCUCGGCUGUGGAACAGGCGGUUCUGCCUCGCGCACGAGGCCUUUGAGGUGCUCGGCCGCGCCUCGCACACUGAGUUCUGGAUGUCGCGCGCCGAGUACGACGAGCACGGUGCCUCACUCGCCGCGCAAAAAGGGACGCACGCGUUUGCGUGAGCGGAGAGCGCGCGCAUUCGCGGUGCACUCUGUGGGUGCACACCCCCCACCCCGUCGGCCGCCCCCGGGCCGACCUGGGUGUGUGGCGGACGGGCGCACCUCCUGCUCCACCUGGCGGGAAUAUGAGUAAUGGACAUCUCUGCGCAAGAACAGGAGAUCGUUGGGGUAGAGAUAGUAGAUUAAGACUGGAGAUCCUAGCGGAUCUCUCACACGGACACGCCCAAGUCUCGCCAGUAGAUCCCUCCUGUCCGGUUCCCCAUUCAAGACUAAAGAUCGAAGAUUGAGAUUGUGGAUUGCA